AUGUCGUCCAGUAUGACGUCGAGCAUGACUGGAAUGGGUCUUGGAGGAAUUACGGGAUUGACCACGGCAAUCAGUACCUUGAGUUGUGUGAGGGAACCGCAAAUAACAAUUGGAGGUAUGCCGUCGAAUUACGUCCCGGGAUUAUCAGCGUCUUACAAUAUCUCAAGUUUCUGCCAUCGCCCGGGGCAAACGCGGCGCUGCCCCAUGCAGCGGGCCGGUCCUUCGGCUCAACACAGACCUGGACGAUCCCAUAGCACUGGCGCGCUGCAUCGCAUGAAGUAUUCUUCGCGGAACAGCCCAAAUACGCAGUAUUCUCACAACCUUAUUUGCAAAUUGGCUGAUCAAAAUGAACGUCGACGUCGCCAUGACACAAUGGAGAUGAUACCUCAGAAUUAUUAUUCGCAACAACCACUAAAGGUGGAAUUAACAGAGUUUUACUCAAGGGACAAUUCUAAGGACCAUCAUACCGAGCAAUAUGAGCUGGUGAAUGAUAGUAUCUUGCCGAAUCCUGUGCUGCGAAGGGGACAAAACUUUUUCUUUGCUGUUCGUUUUGAUAGGACUUACGACAAGCAACAGGAUGUGACCCGCAUCGUAUUUUGCUAUGGUCCCAAACCAAGUGUUACAAAAGGAACGCGAGUGGUAUUGUCUGUGAACUGGAAUACGCAACAGGGGAUCUUUCAACAUUCGCGGGAUAUGAUGGGGUUGGGCAUGGCAAGACUGCAAGAUAUUAGCACAACUGCAGCUCCUGUAGGCACGGUGGGCACAGUAGGCACGAUAAGCACCAUAUCUGCAAUGAGUCCAAUAUGCGGCAUACGAGAAACUGCAACAUACGGUGUUCGACGCAGCUCAUUUAGCAACGAAACAAUGUCUUUGCAACACAGCCCACUUAGUCCUCCUGGACCUAUAGAACGUCCGGUGAUUGAACGGUACGGUGCCACGACGCAACAUUCUUCAUACGGCCGCAGUUUCGGUUCGCUUCAUGGAUCUCAUCAUGGUUCUAUGAACAAUCUGGCCUCUAUAAGCCAUGAAAUGGACAAAUGGGAACUAAGCGUUCAGCGCCAAGAUGGCAACACUAUUACGUUCCAAGUACAUGUACCAGCUACAGCCCCAGUAGGAGUUUGGAAUUGUUGGGUUCAAACAAGUCGAGUCGGACAGCGUGACAAUCGCAACGAUUACAAAUGCGAUGAAGAUAUCUAUAUCUUGUUCAACCCUUGGUGUCGCGAAGACACUGUUUACAUGGACAACGACGCGUUUAGAAAUGAAUAUGUACUUAACGAACAGGGGAAGAUUUGGUGCGGAACUUGGCGUCAGCCGAAGGGACGCAAAUGGAUUUACGGCCAGUUUGACGAUGUUGUGUUACCGGCUUGCAUGUAUUUGUUGGAGCGCAGUGGACUUGAGCAUUCAGAACGCGGGAAUCCAGUUCGAGUGUGUAGAGCUAUUUCAUCAAUGAUUAGUGCUAACGCUGACGAUGACGGCUUAAUGGUCGGACGAUACGAUGGAGAAUACAAAGACGGUGUGUCACCUCAUGCUUGGACUGGUUCAGUUGCUAUUCUCGAACGCUACCUUACGGAUGGCGGUCGGCCCGUCGAAUAUGGCCAGUGCUGGGUGUUUUCAGGGCUGGUUGUUACGAUUUGUCGUGCUCUAGGAAUCCCAUGCCGUUCUGUUACCAAUUAUGUAUCUGCUCAUGAUACAAGCCGCACGUUUACGGUCGAUAAAUACUUUGACCGUGAUGGUAACGAAGUACCGAACGGCCCCGACGAAGAUUGCUAUGACUCGUGUUGGAACUUCCAUGUUUGGAACGACGUUUGGAUGCAGAGGUUGGAUCUGCCACAAGGGUACAGCGGCUGGCAAAUUAUUGAUGCCACUCCUCAAGAGGAAGCGGAAGCAGUCUACCACUGUGGUCCUGCUAGUGUAGAGGCUGUGCGCCGAGGUGAGGUCGGAUUCCAGUACGAUACGCCAUUCAUGUACGGCCAGCUGAACUCCGAACUGUGUCUUUUCCAAGAAGAAGAAAAUUCUGAUUGGGGAUUUGUUAGGAUGUCGUCCAAUCAAUAUCAAGUGGGCCGUAAGAUCCUCACGAAGAAUCCCAGCCGCGAUGAUGAUGAAGGUGAUAGCGAUCUGCUCGAAAUAACGCCCGAAUAUAAAACCGUAGACAGCUCUUGUCCCGAACGCCUUACGGUUAUUGCUUCUUGUCGAGGGUACCAACGGUUACAGCAGUACUAUGAAUUUCCGGAUCGCAACCUCGAAGACGUUCACUUCGAUCUAAUGGACAUUGAUGUCGUACCGUACGGUCAGCCCUUCGAUUGCACUAUGAACAUACAGAACAAAUCUCAGGAAGAUCGCACAAUAAUAUGCGUAUUGACCGCGUCAGCCUGUUAUUACACUGGAGCUAUUGCGUCAAGACUUAGACGAGCUCAGGGAGAGUUUAUUGUUCGUGCUGGACAGAGGGAAGUCCUCAAGUUACACGUUACACCCCAAGAGUACAUGGAUAAGCUCGUGGACCAUGCGAUAAUAAAGAUUCAGGCCAUGGCAUAUGUGAAACAGACACGACAGGCUUGGGCUGAUGAGGAUGACUUCCCACUUCACAAGCCGAGGAUGCAAGUGCAGGUUAGAAGUCAGCCGAGCGUAGGCCAGGAGUGUUCUGUGACAUUCAGCUUCCAAAAUCCCUUGACUGUCCAUCUCACCGACUGCUACUUUACCGUCGAAGGACCUGGUGUGCAAAGGCCGCGACAGAUUCGGUUCCGUGAUGUAAAACCGGGCGAGUUGGUGAACUACCAGGACAAGUUCAUACCCCGGCGUAGCGGUGAGCGCCGGAUCGUGGCGACAUUCUCGUCGCGGCAGAUGGACGAGAUUUUCGGCUGCACCGUGGUCACCGUGCGCGGCUAG